UUCCCUUUUAAAAAUAAACGAUGCCUUACACGCUUGGGGAAACCCAAACGGUCGUCAAAACAGAGCAGUCCCAAGUCAAGAAGUGCAAAUCGAAAUCGGAGGAGGGAGUUUCGUUUCCGAUUCCAAUUUCCAACUGGGAUUUUGGAUUUUUGGGAAUUGGAAUUGCUUUCCCCCAAAUCUCCCCCUUAAAAAGGAACCCACUUCAUCCCACGAGCCCACGAGGCCUUUUCCUUUUCGUUUUGCCUUUCCAUUCUCUUUUUCUUGCUUCCCAAUCUCCGCCAUGGAUUCUAUAAAUACCCACUUGGGUUUCUCUGCUUGAUUGAGCUCGGUCUCGGAGUUCGGGAACAGGGUCGUCUGCGGAUUUUGAAUUUCUGGGUCAUGGAGAUGAAGCCCUCCUCUGAUAUCGUCCAGAAGAGAGAGCUGAGAUUGCCAAUUGGGUGGAGGUUCCGACCCACAGACGAAGAGCUCAUCCUUCACUAUCUGAAGAACAGAGUCUCCAAUCUCCCCCUCCCUGCUUCUGUCAUCCCUGAGCUUGAUGUCUUCCAGACCCAUCCCUCCGACUUCCCUGGUGAUUUGAAGGAGAAGAGGUACUUCUUCAGCAGAAGGAAAGGGAAUGGGAGAAAAUGCAUCAGAGCCAGCAGUGGCUCUGGGUACUGGAGGGUUGUGGGCAAAGAUAGGCUAUUUGUGGCCCACUCAGGAUGCAACAUGGCAGUCGCAAUGAAGAAAUCUCUGGUUUUCCAUGAAGCCAAACUCCCUUGUGGGACUAAUUCUGCCUCUAAAACUACUUGGGUCAUGCAUGAGUACAGCCUUGUGAACUGUACAGGACCAAACCCUAACUCAACUCAGAACCCUAGGAUGGAUAGGGAAGAGUGGCUUGUAUACUGCAUAUUCCAGGAGAAGAAGAAGAAGAAGAAGUCUAAAGCUCUUGGGAUUUCCUCCAGCAGCAAGAGAACUGUGAAUAUGGAGGCGAAUAGCGCUUUUCCCACUGGGGAAAAUAGCUGUGAGUUGGGUUCUCCUCAGCCUUCUUCUUCUUGCAGCAGUGGAAUCACUGAGGUGUCUUCUCAUGGUAAUGGGUCAGAGCAGGAAGAAAGCAGUGGCUAUGUUAGUCUUUCUUCAUUUUCUUGGAAGUGUUAGAGAGCGGAAGUGAUGCCUGUUGGGCAGCAAAUGUGAAGAGACAAAGAGAAGUCUUGCAUAUAAACUGUUUUGGGGACUUUGUAAGAGAAUGUGUUAUGCAAGCAAUUGCAAAUCUAACAUUUUGAGAUUAAUGUUAUACUCUUCCUUCCCUCUUUUACAAGACAUUUUGAGAUUAA